ACAUAUGUUAUUCAAAUUUAUAUGUAAUAUAUUAUUUUGUUCAUAAAUUUUGAAAAAUUUAAAGUAUAUAAUGAAUUUUAAAAUUUUAAAAUAAUUUGAAUGAAUUAUCCGAACCCGAACCGAACCCGCAAAGAUCCGAACCGAAUCCGAACCGAAAUUUAGAAAUACCCGAAUGAGGUUGAAAUCUUUGACCCCGAAAUUCGAAUAAAUUCGAACCGAACCAUUCGCCCACCCCUAAAUUUAUUUACCAAUUUGGGGUCUUCAGGAACUCAUGUCAGGCAAUAUGAUCUUAAAUUGGGAGUUAAUUAUAAAUAAAUAAAUAAACUGUUUGCUUACUUCAUGGAAUAUUUUUGGGCGACCUAUAACAACUUAAGAGCCAACAAAAUUGUACUGUGAAAUUUGGUGACCUUUUACGACCACUAGGCCCACAACAAGAAUAUCUGAGGUUAUAAAAGCCAACUCUUUCUCACAUCUUAUGCUCAAAGUAGGAGAGCAAUUCCACUUACAAAUUAUUUGCUACUUUCUGUAAGAGAUAGAGCGAGACAAUGGGUGCUAAUACUUCUUCACCAAAAGAGAGACUUUCGCUGAGCGACCUCCGUGCCAGGAAGUCACGGACACCUAAUUGCAAAGUCAGUCCCUUUAUCGUGGAAAUGAAAAAAGAGAAUCAGUGGAAAUUUCAGUUAAAUGCUCUCAAAGACACAAACAAGCUGCUGGUGAUCGAGUUCACGGCCAAAUGGUGUGGACCAUGUAAAUUCCUUGAGCCGAAGCUUGAAGAUUUAGCGGCUAAGUACACCGAUGUUGAGUUUGUGAAAAUUGAUGUCGAUGUGAUAAUGAGUGUGUGGAAGGAGUACAACCUUUAUACUUUUCCUGCGGUUAUAUUCAUGAAGAGAGGACAAGAAGUAGACAGAGUUGUUGGUCUGAAGCUUGAUGAGAUAGAGCAAAAGCUCCACAAAUACGCAUAUUCCUUUUGAAAUAUAUAUAUGAAGCUUUUACUUGCAUGCCAAACAAAGCUCCCAUGUUUACCAUAUGCCAAGAAUUGUGUACUGCUAUGUAAAAAUAAAUGUUUUUAAAUUUAACAUUCAUACCAAAAAAAAUGUUUUAACCAAGAUUCAGCAAAAUAAAACCUAAUUUGUAUGAUGUGAAGUAAAGGAAUGGGAAAUUGGAUUUGCAUGUA